ACCAGCUACUAUCUAGUUCAUCAAGCAUGGUCAACUCAAGUUCUGCACAGCUGCUACGUGAUCCAAUCGGUGCGAUUCAUGCGCUUUUUGAAGAGGCUACAAAAGGACACGCACCAGCAGCACAUGAAGACUAUGGCAUCACCACAUUAUUUGAAGAAUCCUUCGAGGAACCCUCCGAGCUUGCAAAAGUUCCCUCGCUGACGGCCUUGUGGCAACAAGCUCGCAGCAACAAUAAAUCAUCCCUUCACGGCAAGCUUGCACGAGUGCAGUGCCAUGUUGUGCACAGUGAUAGCGAAAUCUACGGUGGCGCAUACAGAAAUCGACAAGGCGGCGGCUGGCAGUUUGGUCGAUAUGGAUGCGAUAUCGAUGAAGCUUUGACUGGCCCGCUUCGGGAGGAUGCCAUCUCAUUUGAGGAGAGAACGACGCUUGAUUGUCGAUGCCACGCAGACCCGUUCGAUUUAACCGAUGCACUGCAGAAUGUCUCCUUAGCGUCUGGUGCAGACGAUGAUGUCCUCAAGCGCCUUACAGUGAAACUCUACAAUGAAAAGGAAGAGGGCCUUCUUCACGCAACACUGGAUAUUGUUGGCCUAGUCGAGGUUGCAGACGAGGAGGUCAUCUUGCAUGCUCUCAUUGCACGCGACGAGCGAUUGGCGUCAAGACUCUCAUCCAGUACUGAGCAAGCUUCAGCCCCAGAGACUCGCGAUGCUGUUAUGCAGGAACUAGCUGCUCACCUUUCUGGCGAUGCUUUGGCAGCUGAAUGCCUGUUGCUGGCCUUGUGUGCCAGUGUCACUGUAAGGUCUCCAGUCCUCAUUGGUCCUAUUGCUCUCAAUUUGCGGAAUAUUGAAGGAGACCAAGCUAGUGCCCUGAAGCUGCUUAUUCAAGAGCUUGCCGCAUACACUGAAGUGAUUGAUCUCUCGAUUGCAGGUCUCAACAAGCACCAACUCUUCCCCACUCACGAUGGCGAGCAAUUCAAACCAGGACAGAUUCAGCUACCAAAAGACACUGUUGUUCUACUGGAUGAAUCUGCCUUGAGCGAAGGCAAGCUAGAAGAACGUGGCGUCAAGAAUCUACAAUGCUUGGCCAAUUCCAUCACAUCUCAGGAACUUGUUUUUGCAUUUCCAUUCAACGAAUUCAAGAUUGCUAUGGAUCUAUGCUUCAUUGACCUAUCCAAGGGCAAAUCCUUGUUGCCAAGCACACUCAGUAUUCCCGUCAAGAGCGGAUCGACAGCUGCUGCUCGUCAACCAGCGUCCAUGACCCUAAAAGACAUGGCCAUCUACAUUGCCCGCUGCCGUUUGCAGGAAGUUGAGAUUAGCGAUGAAGUAUCACAGGCGAUUCAAAAUGACUUUGUUCGUGCUCGCAAAGCAGGCGAAGCGAUCGACCAGGCAUUAUUCGGUCAGGGGCUGGCAUUGGCAAAGGAGGUGACGCGAAGCUAUAAGCGGCGACAAAUGGUGUUUGAUGAUUAUCGCCGUGGUGUCGCAUUAGCUAGUGAGGUCAAUGCACGGCAAUAGAAUCCAAGUUUAGAUCAGGCUAAGUUGUUUUUCAUGUUUCUCACAAGAAGGUGCCC